UUAAAUCUUGUAUUUUAAAUUUUUUUCUUUUGAAAGGUUGAAUAACCCGUUCUUGCCUCAACCAAAUAGGCUGCAGCCAAAGAUGGCCCCUUCUGCAGUAUCAGGCCCUGCGCAUCUUUUUAGGCUUGCUGGCAAGUGUUUCAGUUUUGUGGAAUCCACGUAUAAGUACGAGUUUUGUCCUUUCCAUAAUGUCACUCAGCAUGAGCAGACUUUUCGAUGGAAUGCCUAUAGUGGGAUUUUAGGAAUCUGGCAUGAAUGGGAAAUUGACAACAACACAUUUGUUGGAAUGUGGAUGAGGGAAGGAGACUCCUGUGAAACGAAGAGCAGACAGACAAAGGUUCUUCUUGUUUGUGGAAAGAGCAAUAAAUUGGCUUACGUGUCUGAGCCAAGUACUUGUGUUUACUCUCUGACAUUUGAGACUCCUCUUGUGUGCCAUCCCCACUCUCUUUUAGUUUAUCCGACUCUGACUGAAGCACUACAAAGGAAGUGGGAUGAAGCAGAGCAGUUUCUGUAUGAUGAACUAAUAACUGAAAAGGGAUACAAAAAAAUACUGAAAGAGAUUUUCGAGGAAGCAGGUCUUCUAAAAGCAACAGAAGAAAAGGAAUUUGAGAAACAGAAUAAGAAAACAAUAAGUCUGGAAUUUGAAACAGUAGAGAACUGCAAUAAGGAGUACAAGCAACUUUCAAAAGAAUUAAAAAAAAUUAAAGAUUUAUUAACUCAGCAUGGUAUUGCAUACAAAACAAAUUCUGCUGAAAAUACCAGUGUUGAACGUUUAAGUCACAAACUGGCAACUGCAGAUACAAAUGUUUUUAAUGGGUUGAAGGAUGAUGAGCACCUGCGUGGAGAUACAGGAAUUUGGAAUGACACUGUCUGAAGAAAUUUGUGUGGUAAAAACAAGUUCAUAUGUUGAAUCGUGGACCCUGUAGAUGUGACCCAGAAAAGCAACGCCGCCUUGCAACCGCAGAAGGAGGAAUGAGGACGGGAGCAUGACUGUAGUGAAGGAGCUGCCAGAAAUCUGCUGUCGUUCAGCUGGCUGCUCGGACACUUUCAUGGCAAUAUUUGUUUUUUCAACCUGUCGCAGUCCUUACCUUGCAAGCACGAUUCCUUUACUUUUCAUAGCUGCUUCCUGCAUUGGUCUUAGUAGAGCAGUUUACAGUGAGAGCUGAAGGAGUGGGUUCUUCCCGUAAAGGGGUGAACAGAGUGUACUACAAGUCAACUUGUAUUUGAAGGUACGUUUUAGACAACUCAUUUCUUUUCCGUUAGUAUUUUUUCUUAGAAGUUGAGUGUAUUCAAAUAUCAAAGUUGUAACUGUAAAAUCACUGCUGAAGGUGACCUUCAUUUGACAUUUUGCUAGUCGUGGCAUUUAUUCAGAUUACAUUGAAAACAACUAUGUAAGUAUAUGAAUUGUUAAUAAAUGAUUUUUAAUUUCA